AUGGAUAUGGAGUUCAAUGCUCUUCUACAUAAUAACACCUGGAGUCUCACCCCGGCCAAACCUGGCAUGAAUAUAGUUGAGUGUAAAUGGGUCUACCGCACCAAAUGUAAGGCUGAUGGGACAGUAGAGCGGUACAAGGCCCGCUUGGUCGCCAAGGGGUUCAAUCAGAUAGCCGGUUUUGUAGCUUCUAAGACUGAUGUGUCUCUAUUCUACUACACAUCAGGUGACUCACGUAUCUAUCCACUAGUAUAUGUAGAUGAUAUUAUAAUGAUGGGAAACGACACAGCUUUAUUGACUACUCUGCUUGGGCGGUUAUCAGUGGCCUUUAAGAUCCGAGACCUGGGGACUCCGACUUUUUUCCUUGGCAUUGAGACGAUAUCCGUGGAUGGCGGCUUGUUGUCACAGCGUCGAUACAUGGAUGACAUCCUUACCCGUGCUGGCAUGGUUGAUUGCAAGUCUCUUUCCACUCCAGCAACAAUCACUAAAGUCGCAUCUCCGUCUACAGAUCCUUAUGAGAACCCAACGCAAUACCGUAGGCUGGCUGGGGCGCUGCAGUAUCUCACCAUCACUCGGCCAGACCUAUCUUAUGCUGUAAACAGGAUAUGUCAGUUCAUGCAUGCUCCUACUGACGAGCACUGGGACAUGCUCAAGUGGGUUCUGCGUUAUGUGAAGGGUACGCUCACCUAUGGACUACGUCUAACAGCCUCUCCGUCAUCAGACGUUCACGCUUACUCGGAUUCCGACUGGGCCGGGUGUCCUAUAGACAGGAAGUUUACUAGUGGGUAUGUUGUUUUCCUUGGCACGAAUCUUGUUUCAUGGGUGUCACGCAAACAGCGAACUGUCGCUAGGUCGUCCACUGAAGCUGAGUAUAAGGGCCCGACUGAUGUUGCAGCCGAGGUCACAUGGGCUAUGUCGCUUCUUCUGGAACUGGGCCUACAUUCUAGUACACCCGCAACUCUGUGGUGCGACAAUUUAGGAGUUACUUACAUGUGUGCGAAUCCAGUGUUUCAUGCUCGGACUAAACAUGUGGAGAUUGAUUACCAUUUUGUUCGGGAUAAAGUGACGACCGGGGAGUUUACAUUCAAUUUUGUGUCUACGAAGGAUCAGCUGGCCGACAUCUUCACCAAACCUCUGGUUUCUGCUUGCUUCGCUUCUUUGAGGGACAAGCUGAAUGUUGUUGCUUCACCACCUUCAGCUUGA